GCGAAUGCCCCGCACAGACAGGACUCUGCUCACACUGCGUUGGACUGAACACUGCACCGGAGAGCUGUCUCACCGCGCCGGGCUGUCUCUCUGCUUUCACCGACAAAAGGCACCAGAGAACGGGAGCAGCACCGCCGCCACUAUCACUGCCGAGAGCGGGAGGUAACUUUGUGUUUACAAGUGCGGUUUCACCUUGCUGCCCGAGUUUAAUAAGGAACUAGCGCUCACCUAUGGGCUAAACCACACGCGUGUGUGUCACUGGGGAGGCAGGCGCCGAGUGAUUGUUACACUGUCCCCGGGCAGGAGGGGACGGGCAGCGGGUGCUGCUAUUUAUUCUAGUCUCUUCAGCCCGGCAGCUUCAUGGCUGUCACUAUGAGGUUCAAUGGCAGCUUAAAGUUGAAAAUCGGGGAGGCGGUGGAACUGCAGCCCACCCGCUGGUCCAUGAGACACUCCGUGUUCAAGAAAGGUUCCUACUUGCUGGACCCCUACAUCACCAUCAAUGUGGACGAGUGCCGGAUCGGCCAGACCAGCAUCAAGCACCGGACCAACAAGCCCACGUACAACGAGGAGUUCUGUGUGACUGUCAGCGAGGGCAGCAAGGUGGAGCUGGCAGUUUUCCACGAGACCCCCAUUGGCUACGAUGAUUUUGUGGCUCACUGCACUCUCGGCUUCGAGGAGCUCAUUAAGGGCUGUGCGACCACUGACUCCUUUGAAGGAUGGGUGAAUUUGGAACCAGAAGGCAAGUUGUUUGUGGUCAUAACCUUAAUAGGCACCUUUACCGAAGGUACCAUGCGAGAUGGAAGGCUUAUCAAGCACUUUACCAGAAAACGGCAGAGAGCUAUGAGAAGGAGGGUACACCAGGUCAAUGGCCACAAAUUUAUGGCAACAUAUCUCAAGCAACCAACAUACUGCUCUCACUGUAAAGACUUUAUUUGGGGCGUGUUUGGGAAGCAAGGCUACCAAUGCCAAGUGUGCACGUGCGUUGUGCACAAGCGCUGCCACCAGCUGAUCGUCACAGCUUGCACAUGCAAGAGCAACGCCUGCAAAGUGGAGAAACAGAUUUUUGAACAGAGGUUUGGGAUCAAUUUGCCACACAAAUUCCGGUAUCACAAUUACAAAGUACCAACCUUUUGCGACCAUUGUGGAUCUUUACUCUGGGGCUUGGUGAAGCAAGGACUGCAAUGCAAAAUGUGUAAAAUGAAUGUACAUAAACGUUGUGAAGCAAAUGUGGCACAUAACUGCGGAGUGAAUUCUGUGGAGCUGGCAAAUGCACUGGCUGGGAUGGGCCUUCAUCCUGGGAAUAUUCCUUUCAAGCAGCACUCUGUCUCAGGUUCUGUGGAUUCCGACAGCAAUCACCUUGAAGAGGACUCUAUAUCAAAUACGUCUUCACAGUACAAAUUUGGUAUUGAUGAUUUCACAUUCCUUCGUGUCUUGGGCAAGGGCAGUUUCGGGAAGGUAAUGCUUGCUAAGUCAAAGGAGUCUGAUAAUCUUUAUGCAGUCAAGGUUCUAAAGAAAGAUGUAAUUCUUCAGGAUGACGAUGUGGAGUGUACUAUGACAGAGAAGCGAAUUCUGUCCCUGGCAUGCAGUCACCCGUUCCUCACCCAACUCUUCUGCUGCUUUCAGACUCCGGACAGAUUAUUUUUUGUCAUGGAGUUUGUCAAUGGUGGUGACCUCAUGUUUCACAUUCAGAAAUCUCGGCGAUUUGAUGAAGCUCGAGCCUGCUUCUACAGUGCUGAAAUCACAUCUGCCCUCAUGUUUCUUCAUGACAAAGGAGUCAUUUACAGAGAUCUGAAAUUAGACAAUGUACUUCUCGAUCAUGAAGGUCACUGCAAGCUGGCAGACUUUGGGAUGUGCAAAGAGGGGAUCCGGGAAGGCUGUACAACAUCAACAUUCUGCGGAACUCCUGAUUACAUUGCACCAGAGAUAUUACAGGAGAUGCAGUAUGGGCCACUAGUAGAUUGGUGGGCAAUGGGUGUUCUUUUGUACGAGAUGCUCUGCGGCCAUGCACCUUUUGAAGCAGAAAAUGAGGAUGACCUUUUUGAAGCCAUACUGAAUGAUGAAGUAGUGUAUCCAGGUUGGCUGUCACAAGAUUCUGUAGAAAUUCUCCAAGCUUUCAUGAAGAAGAAGCCGACCAAGCGCUUAGGAAGUUUGACUUUGGGGGGUGAGAAGGCAAUUCUGUGGCACCCAUUCUUUAAAGACAUCAACUGGGAUGAGCUGAACAAGAAAGCGAUUGAGCCACCGUUUAGACCGAGAAUUAAAGCUAGAGAGGAUGUCAGCAACUUUGAUCCGGAGUUUAUCAAAGAGGAUGCAGUGUUGACCCCUAUCGAUGAGAGCCUCCUGCCAAUGAUCAAUCAGGAGGAAUUCAGGAACUUUUCCUACACUGCUCCGGAGCUCCAGAACCAUUCUCAGGAUGGCAGUGCUCAGAUGCCACAGUAAACGGUUACCUGCAGGGAUUUCAUUCUCAAGACAAAUAAGUGGAAUGCGAGAAGAUGAAGGUAUUAUUACGCAUCUCGGCUGAUAACGUGUGCUUCCUUGGUCAUGAAUAAAGAUGCCUCUCUGUCUUCCUACUGGGAAUGUAACCAACUCCAGCGUAACCCCUGGCUAAUACAGAGGACAGCGCUCUUGUCUGGGACAUAACUUAUUAAAGAAGAUUUGUGGCAGGUUUCCUCCACUUUACACAGCAAGCCACAUUGCAGAUAGAAACUGAUAAAGUUAUCUGCAUUCCCCAACUGCACUUGUAGAGAUUUUGCACUCACACAGGGAACAUUGAUGGGAAUCUGAACUGAUUUUAUAACUGAAAGGCAUGAGCCUUGGCGGCAAUAUUUUAAUGUCAUCUAAAGAUUCAUUUAAAUGCAUCUUUCUUCUAUUAAAGAGUGUCACGGCAUGCGGUCAUUGAUGGAAUAAACAGUAAGAAGGGAAAACUAAAUGGACAUAGAGGGUCUAUAUCUCCCAGGUGAACAAAGUAGUGACCAGGUAUGCGCCCAUGUUGGAGAUGUGCCUUUCUAGAGUUAGACAAUGUGACUAUUUGGGCCCUGUUUUGUGACACAAAAUAGUUUUUUUGUCGGUUAGAUCAGACUUAUAUUAGCUUAAUUGUGGAGCAGGCAUGCUGUUUUUAUAUAAGAGAUAGUAGCUUUAAAGGUUGUAAGUAUGGGAAUCUGAAAUGUUACUGAAUGCAGUCUUCCACUGCCUCCAUGCAGGCCCCAAUAAAAAGAAAUAAAGGAAGAAGAAAGAAGCAUGCACUUUUCGUACGGAGUUUCUCCUCAUAUAUUUUGUUAACUUGACAAAGUGUUUUCUAUUAUGUCGAAGAAGAAACACAAAAAUAGGCAAUUGCAAGUCUGUACAGAUCCCCCCUCCAGAAGUCUAGGACAUAUUUUCAAUUCCAGGAUUAAAGUGCUUCAUUGUGUUGGAAUUCAGACCGCGAGAGACUGCAAAGUACCGACCAUUACAUUUAACUGACAUCUAUAUGUUUUUAUUAGGCUCCAUUUUUGCAUGUCAUGUUUUCUGUUUAAAUUAUAAGACCAUGCGUGACCAAAAUAUCACAUCUCUGUGUCAGAUCAGUGUGCUGUAUGUACAUAUGUUUUCAACAUAAGCUAUGAAACUGCUGUAAAUAUAAGGUUUCUUUUCUGUUUCAGCAACUUAUCAAUGAUAUUCCAAUUGCGUUUAAGGUUCCUUUGUUUCUACUUUGUUUUUAUUCUGCAUGCAUUCUGAUGUCUUCAGAUAUCGAACCAUUAAAGCUCUGACACAAGAAUGAGUGAA